AUGAAGUGGAGACUCGACAAUGCGACGCUCAAUAUUCUUCAGCUGGGUCUCGGAUUUUUCUUCAAUUUCUUCGCCUUCAAUUCUCAAGGUUUCAACUCAAAAAGUACUUUUCCAGGAUUUUUUGUUCAGGUUUUAUCGAGGAACCGGUUAUCGAUAGUGCUUCUGAUCGCGGAAAUAUCAACAAGCACGCGGGUUAUUACAGGUAAAUCAAUAAUCCAGCAAUAUGAAGUUAUGACUUUAGCCUUUCCAUCAUCUAUGCCACGUUCACAUUGGGAAACUUCAUCGCUGCUCCAAUCGUCGAUAUUUUGAGCCCAAAAUGGGGAAUGGUUGUUGGAGCGCUCUGUUAUACGGCCUUCCAGGUAAAUUCACAGAAAUUUAUCAUAAAAUGUUUGGAUUCAGGUCGGAUUCUUAUUUCUCAAUCAAAUUUACCUGUAUAUUUCAAGCGCCGUUUCUGGGAGUCGGCGCCGCAAGUGAGGACUUUUCAUAAGCAUUCCUUAAAAAAAAUUUCAGUAAUUUGGACUGGACAAGGAUCUUAUUUGUCUCAAAACUGUACUGAAAAAACAACCAGCAAAAACAGCGCUCUUCUGUGGGCUCUAGCUCAAACAAGGUAUCAGAUUUUCGUUAUAGUCUGUGUACUACGACUUGGAAUUUCACCGAACGACAUUCCGCUGUUCCGCUCCGUGCUCGGCCGCGCCUUAAAUUUUUAUUUCAUUCAAGAACUCGACCAACUCAUUUUCCUAGUGGAAAAUUCCAUCUAUAGACGAUUCACGGCUAGCUUGGGACGCAAAAAGGCGUGGCCUGUCUGCACUCUCCACCAUCCAGGGCACUGUCUCGUCUCUUUUCGUGGCAGGACCCUUUUUUCGAUGUCUCAAGCCAGCCGUGAAUCAGCUGUAUCAGAAAUGAGAACCAAUUCUAAGCGAGAACGAAGAAAAACGCAAAAAAGCUUUGCGGCUCAGCGAAAGAGCGGAAUGUCGUUCAGUGAAAUUCCAAGUCUUGACACAGACUAUAGAAUUUCAAAAAAAAUUUCAUUUUUAGUCUUCUUGGCGGUGGAAUUUUCUUAUUUUUGGUUUUCCAUCAGUCCAAUACAACCGACAACAUUUCCACUUCAACUGUAAGCUCAUGCUCGUUUUUUUCAAUUUCAUUCUUUCUUGACUUCAGGUUAACACUCUUUACUCCAUCUUCUCAGUAAUGUCACUCGUCUCAGUUGUUGUUCUGGCUCUCCUGAGAACUCCAGUUUAUAAGGAAGUCAAGACAGAAAAGACCGACUACAAGCUCUUGUUAGGUAGUUUCCAUGGUUAUUAAAAGCUCAAAUAAUGAUUUUAUAGCCUCCACUUUUAAGUUGAUGUUUACGAAGAGAAUGUUCCUUUUGGCGUUUGUCUUUCGGUUACACUGGAAUCGAACAAUCUUUCUGGACAGGCGAGAUAAAUUUUAAACCUUUGAUCCAAAAGAGUUUCAGGUAUUUAUCCAACCUGUAUUUCCUUCACGAAGAAACUGGGAAAUAACACGAAUUCUCUUCUUGCACUGAACUCUAUAACCACUGGUGUUGGACAAAUUGUUGGUGCGUUCCAUUUUGAACAUUUUGCGAGGAUGUUUUCAAAAACACCAAUAAAACCAUGGUCGUAAGUUGAAUGGUUCUAUUUUCAACGAAUCAAGAGAAUGCGUCGUUCUGAGCCAUUUUACGUGCAACCAAUCAGAAAAAGAAAGUUUCAGCCGGUCUCCUGUUCGGAUUGCUCGGAGAUAAAACAAAGAAGAUUGGCAAGGACUCCAUUGUUUUCCUGGGAACCAUAGUCCAUCUCAUUACUUUUGCACUGGUCUACAUCAACUUUCCUUCAAACGCUCCUCUCAGGAAAACGGAUGAUAUUGGAGGAUUGAUAACACCGAAGUUUGGAAAAAUGGGCACAGAAACCUGAAGAAACAACUCAGUGUGGUUAUCGCGUUGCUUUGCGGAGGUCUCCUUGGUUUUGGAGAUGCUUGUUGGAACACUCAAAUCUACUCCCUUCUUUGCGAUUGUUAUCCAAAUCUGAGUAGCCAAGCGUUCGCCUUGUUCAAAUUUUACCAGGUUAGUUAUACAUUUCAAGCAAAUUUCCCGUACAUAAAUGAUACAUUUCGGUCACUCACAGUAACGCCAAAGAGUUACGAAAAAACGCAGUUUUGGUCACAGUUUUCAUUGUAAGGAAUUCAAUAUUCCUGAAUCUUUCUGAAGCUGUGUUUUUGUUUCUGUGAACUGAAACUUCAUGAGAGUGUUAAAAAUAACAGCAAUCACAACCACAGAAAGUUUCAGAAAGAUUGGAUCUCUUACAAGAAAAUUGUGACGGUAACUUCGUUUUUCGAAUUUUUUCAGACGGUACUGUGAGUGAAAGAAAUAACACGGACGGCUGAAAAUUUUUUGAUGCUCCCUUCCAAUUUGAAAACUUUUUUUCAAGUUUCCAGAAAGGGAAAUAAAGACCAGAAAAAAAGAGGGACGAGAGAGCGUUCCUGUUGUGAGAUUUAUUUUUCAUCCGGUGGGAAAGAAAAAAAUUUAUUAAAUUUCCACAGAAAAAGAAAGCUUCAACUUCUAAAAAAACUUUUUACAGUCGGGUUUGGCAUGCGCAGCGUUUUUUUACUCUCCGAAUCUUCAACUACAGUGGCACCUUGUCAUUUUGGUGUUGACUUCCCUGAUAGCGGCAGCAUGCUUUUUUUCAUCAUUCAAAGAUAUCACAAUUAGUGCAAAAGGUGAGAAAAAAUCAAAGAAAACGAAUCAAUUUUUGGAACCAGAUAUCAAAGAAGAGUUCGAAUCAAGGGACAAGGAAAUAGGUGAGCUGGGGAAAAGUCGAGAAAAGUUUCUUGAAAGGCAGUUAAAAAUUUUCAGAAGAUUAAUUUUCAUCCUAGUUUCGAUUUGAUCGUAGCGGAUGGAGUUGAAUUUUAUCAGAAAAAUCAUAAAAUUCGAUAGAAUCAACCAAGAAUAUUCUCGACUUUUCCUAAAUGCUCGAAAAGCAAUGCAAUCCUAAUUUUUACAGCUGAAACAAGAAAAACUGAGGUCACAGCAGAGCAGCUCUACUAG